GUCACCUUGGUCAGCCUGAGACCAGUGGUGAUGGUAGGGAGAGUCACCUCGGUCAGCCUGAGACCAGUGUUGAUGGUAGGGAGAGUCACCUCGGUCAACCUGAGACCAGUGGUGAUGGUAGGGAGAGAGACCUCGGUCAGCCUGAGACCAGUGGUGAUGGUAGGGAGAGUCACCUUGGUCAGCCUGAGAACCGUCUGUCUACCUGUCUUUCUGUCUGUCCACAGGACACAUUGAUAUAGCAGACAGAAGGACUCCUCUCACCCUGUACCGAGAUCUAAAACCUCUACUAUCCCUGUGGGAAUAUGUACAACCAUCCACCUCUCCAGGACAAAGGGUUUCAGAACUAAUACAGAGACUGGAACAAUGCCAACCCCAGAGAGAGGCUGUCUGGAAUGUCUUUUACCUUGUUGUUAUUUGUUAUCAAGGGACACAAACAAACAAGAAGAUGUUAUCAGAGAUGUUUGGAUGAAAAGGAGAAACCCAGAGGACUUUCCUUCUGACGCGGCUCUUCUCUACACUAUGAUCUGAUUGACCCCCUCUCCACCAGUCCCCCCGCCCCUCCCCCACCACACACACACACACAUCUUCCCUCUCCUGUGUGGGAUCUCCACCGAAGAUGGAUCUGACGAAUGACACUACGGUCAUCACAGACAGCGACAGGGGCGUCUUAUUGGAUGACUCCUCAACCCGCGUCCUGACUGGCUGUUUCCUCUUGCUGCUCAUCCUCUCCACGUUGCUCGGCAACAUCCUUGUGUGUGCCGCCGUCACCAAGUGCCGUCACCUGCGUUCCAAAGUCACCAACUUCUUUGUGAUCUCGUUGGCCGUCUCCGACCUCCUGGUCGCUGUCCUGGUGAUGCCGUGGAAGGCCGUGACGGAGGUCGCAGGGUUCUGGCCGUUUGGCUCGUUCUGCGACACUUGGGUGGUGUUCGACAUCAUGUGCUCCACGGCGUCCAUCUUGAACCUGUGUGUGAUCAGUGUGGACCGUUACUGGGCAAUCUCCAGCCCGUUCUGCUAUGAGAGGAAGAUGACUCCUAAAGUGGCGUUUGUAAUGAUCAGCGUGGCCUGGACGCUCUCCGUCCUCAUCUCCUUCAUCCCCGUCCAGCUCAGCUGGCACAAAGCUCAGACCUUUACUUCUACCUCCAUCACUACCUCCACAACCCCACCCUACAGCCUCCAGCCUGCCCCAGACUCCUCUAACCCUGUUGGGGAUAACAACACACAUCAGGCCCCCCGGGACUGGGACAACUGUCACUUCAGUUUGAACCGGACCUACGCCAUCUCUACCUCUCUGAUCAGCUUCUAUAUCCCAGUGAUCAUCAUGGUGGCCACCUACACCCAAAUCUACCGCAUCACUCACCGUCAGAUCAGAUGCAUCGCCACCCUAGAAAGGGCCGCAGAGAGCGCCAAGAACCGACAGAACAGUAUGGGUGGAGGUGGCGGAGGAUCCAGCAUCUCCGAAUCAGAGAGCUCGUUCAAGAUGACGUUCAAACGAGAGACAAAGGUCCUGAAGACGCUGACUCUGAUCGUGGGCGUGUUCGUGUGCUGCUGGCUGCCCUUCUUCAUCCUGAACUGCAUGGUGCCGUUCUGUGAGUCGUCCCCCAGCGGUGCCGCGGCCUCCUUCACCUGUAUCAGCCCCACGAUGUUUGAUGUGUUUGUGUGGUUGGGCUGGGCCAACUCUUCCAUCAACCCCAUCAUAUACGCCUUCAACCCAGACUUCCGUAAGGCCUUCUCUAUCCUCCUGGGCUGCCACAGACUCUGUCCUGGAGAUCACGGCAUGUCUCAAUAAGAAAUGAGCUCAGAGCCUCAGAACCUCCUAUGGUAAUACAACAUCUGCUGAGACACUGGUCUCAGAAGAGGAUCUACAGGACCAGCUGUCAUGGAACAACAGAGACCCAUGGCAUGCCAUUAUCUGGUGCAUUGUAUCACCAUAAGCAAGCAGAGUAAGCAUUACAACCUUGUGUAAAAGGUUUGAUGUUGUCAUUGAGGGUGCCGCCACUUAUCAUGCAGUGUGAUCUGACUUGGCACUGCAAUAAGAGAUGAGCGACACUGUGCAGUGUCCCUGACUGUGCAGUGUCCCUGACUGUGCAGUGUCCCUGACUGUGCAGUGUCCCUGACUGUGCAGUGAACGCGGUGAGUCCAGUGUCUCUAUAGAGUAGAUACUACAGUGAGUCAGGGCCCCAGACUGGAGGGGGGAUGAAGUAAGGAGGAACAAGGGUGAAGGAUGUGAUAUUAAGACUGUGUGUGACAGAGUACAGGAGGAGAGAGAGCAGUGCUAAUGAUUCUCUGGGACUGAUAAUCCACAGACUGGGCAGGCAACACGCGCACGCACGCACGCACACACACACGCACGCACGC